GCCAGUAACACUGUGGAGGUGAACAUCGAGACGGCGGAGAGGCUGCAGGUCAGCAGGCUGGACUUCAUGGCGUCGCUGGAAAAUGACAUCAAACCUGCGUUCGGUACCAACCAGGAGGACUAUGCCAGCUACAUCAUGAACGGUAUCAUCCGCUGGGGUGACCCGGUGUCGGCGGUGUUGGAAGACGGGGAGCUGCUCGUACAGCAAACGAAAAACAGCGACCGCACGCCCCUUGUCUCCGUGCUCCUGGAAGGUCCACCUAACAGCGGUAAAACGGCGCUGGCAGCUAAGAUUUCUGAAGAAUCCCAGUUCCCCUUUAUCAAGAUUUGCUCCCCCGACAAGAUGAUCGGACACUCCGAGAUCGCCAAAUGCCAAGCCAUCAAAAAGAUAUUUGAAGAUGCCUACAAAUCCCAGCUGAGCUGUGUGGUUGUGGACGACAUUGAACGCUUGUUGGACUAUGUCCCAAUCGGUCCUCGUUUCUCCAACCUGGUGUUACAAGCUCUGCUGGUGCUGCUGAAGAAACCUCCUCCAAAGGGCCGUAAGCUGCUGAUCAUUGGCACCACGAGUCGUAAAGACGUCCUCCAGGAAAUGGAGAUGUUAGAUGCCUUCAGCACCACCAUCCACAUUCCCAACAUCUCGAGUGGAGAGCAGCUGGUCGAGGCCCUGGAGCUGCUGGGCAGUUUCCAGGAGAAGGAGCGGGCCAUCAUAGCGAAAGCUGUGAUGUACCACAGUCUGUGGAUCGGCAUUAAAAAGCUGCUCAUGCUGAUUGAAAUGUCCGUGCAGAUGGAUCCCGAGUACAGAGUAAGCAAGUUCCUGAGCCUGUUGAAGGAUGAAGGAGCACUCCGUUCUGAUAAGUUUGUUGCAAAGUGAACUCAGUGGAUCCACAGUGAAAACGAAGCGUCCCUCAGUGUUGCUGAGGAACGGAAGCCCGAGAGAGGCUGGCAGGAGGAAGCGAGCGAGGGCUUGACUCCCUCCUUCCUUCCUUCCUUCCUUCCCUCCCUCCCUUCUUCCCAUCCCCGAAGCUCUGAGCACUUCUCUCUCUCUCUCUGCGCUGCAGCUUUCUGCAGCGGCAAAUGACCGGGCGACCUCCUGUGAUGAUGUAAAAUAAGAAAAAUAAGUGGUGUUGGUUGCCUCUGUAUAUAUUGUACUUCCCAAAGACUGUGCUGUGAUGACUCCAUUUUGAUUUUAUAUAUAAAAGAGUGAAGGCAAAAGAGGAGAAGCGGAUAUGCAAAAACACUAAUGAUAAUACUGUUUAUAUAGGCUCUGUUCAUUUGUAUGCACAGACUUGUGAUCUGAUCAUUCCGCAAUAUUGCUAAUGUUUGCUGACGUUUAUAUUUUAUGAAUAAAUUAAUUCUGAUACUAACAAGAAACUCAGCGGUUUCUGGAAAUCAAAUGAUUAAACUUUCUAAAGGGAAGUUGCCUCAGAGCAGAGGAUCGUGCUGCUCGAAAGAAGUUGCAAAUAUUUGGUGUAACAUCCACAAGAGAAGCCUCUUGAAUUUAACCAAUCAGACAAAUGUGUUGUGUCAGUGUCAGUUGCUCCUCCAUCAAAUGAAAAUUGUGUUGUUACAGCGUGUGGUCGUCUUCUUUAUAUCUACAUGAAAUAAAAACGAUGGAUUGUUAAUCGUUGGAUUUGUGCCUUUUGGUAAUUAUGAUGUCAUUGCGUCCCCUCAUCUCAUUUCACAUAAUAACUCUUAAGAACUACUUUUUUUACAUCUUCAAUAAUAUUCCCUGUUAAAGGAGAGUUUAGAGUUUGUGUGCGUUUGUCUUUUAACACGGAUCCUGUCAGGACCGGUAGACCUCAUGGGGACCAAAGCUUUGGUCCUAAUGAGGCUAAACUUGGUUAAGAUAAAGAUUAGGGGGAAGAUGUGAAUUGUGUUUAGGGUUUGGGAUAAUAAACUCAAUGAAUUGAAGUCAAUGCUAAUAACAACAGCUGUGCAAACCUCUGUGUGUUCUCAUGGUUAAAAUCUCCGAGAGGAUGUAGAUGCUUCUUUGUUGGACAAUAAAAAAUAUAUAUA